UUCGACUUCUGUCUGCUGUCUGCUGUUCAUGUUUAUGAGUUCAUUCGUUGUCAAAACUCAAAUCCCAAAAUAAAACAAUUAAUUGUUGAUCAAGUUUUGCACAAAACACAUUUUGCGGCUCGCCAUACUCUUCUCCAAGCAGUACGCACACUUUUAAAAUUUUCAUUUCCCAAUCAAUAAAUAGAAACGGCUCUUUUUCAAUCGAAUUUAAUUAAGUUUUGUUUAUUUUUUGUGUGUGUGUUUAAAGUUUAUAAUGGAAUCAGGAUUCCUUAACGAAACAAAAACAAUACUUAAAUCCUUGGUUAUAUCCUCUCCCAAUGGUAUGACUGUUGACAGACUCAAUAGGGAUUACAAGGAAACAGUUGGAGAAUGGAUACCUUUUAAAAAACUUGGUUACCAAAACUUAGAACUUUUUCUAAAGUCAGUUCCUGAUACGUUGGUGCUAACUGGACAUGGACGAGAGGCAAUGGUUGGAUUCGUUUGCAGUGAAAAAACACAGCACAUAAAUGAAUUGAUAAAAAAACAAAAGAAUACAACACGCGACAGGAAAGCAGCUAUGCGGCUUCAACCAGCUUUAUCAAACUCACACUCAAUACCUGCAAGGCCUACUCAAAAUAAAGUCUUUAACCAGCCAGUGUCUAAAGUUUACUGUACAUAUAAUCCUAAACCCAUUCCAAUCAACAGCUACGUCCAUCUCUAUCAACCCCAACAAAAUGUAUAUCUGCAAAAUUUAUACCAACAAAACUUAUAUCACCAAAAUUUAUUACAACAACAAUUAUAUCAGCAAUGUUAUCAACCAAACUUUCAAAGUAAACCUAAAAGUUUCCUUCCCGAAAAAUCAAAUCCUCAAAUAAAUCGGACAACAUCAAAUGUCAAUAUAAGAAAAUCACAACCUCCCUCCACUGACUCCAAAAUAAAUUUUAACCAAACUGACAUAAAUAAAAAAACACCCGCGAUUAAUGUGGACAAAAGUAGUAUCUCACUUAAAGAAAAGAACACCAAGAGUUUGUUAUCCGAACCGAAAGACCCAAAAAGUAUCUUCGUUGAUGUACAAAAUUCAAAUAACACUUUACCUCGGAAUGAUAAUCUAAAGAACAGUAUAGAAGAUAAAAAUAAUUCAAAUGAAAGUUCCAAUAAGGCGACGUGUUCAAAGACUUCAGCUAAAAUAAUAUUUCCUUCAAAGAGCAAUGUGAAAGAAAUGAAAUCAGACAAGAGCGUUGCUCCAAACAAUAAGUCACGCCAUGAAGUCGAGUUAAGUUGUAGUAAGAAUAAAAGUGAUACUUCCCUUAAGGUGCAAGUGCAACAAAAAAAUACCACUGCUUUACAGACUAAUCCAAAGAACUCUUCAGAUAGUUUAAUAAAGUUCCCAAGUGUUCCUAUCAAGUUCAGUACGAAAAAAAAACUGACUGAAAAAAUCAUAAAACGUCCUGAAUUACCAACAGUCUCUGAGUUACAAGCACUGAUACAUCCUAAGCCAAAAUCAGCUGAUCCCGAUGUAACAUCUCUAGUCUCUAAAACAUCUUCAACUGUCGAUAAUGUUAACAAAAGCAGAUAUAUCACCGAUCCAUUCUCAACAAUGGACUCGAGUGAUAAUGAUAUUGACGAAGCCAUACCAGAAUUCGCAGCGGACUACCGCGUGUUUCAUGUUGACUUUCCUGAAAAUACUGUGCCAUUUGGAAAGAAGAUACCUAGUGUUCAACUUCCGAAAGAUUUUACAAAAGGAGCUGUCAUUGGCGUUUUUAUUUCAGAGAUUCACAGCCCAUUUAAGUUUUGGUUUCACCCUCAUAAAGAAAAUCAUGAGCUUGAUGUUCUUAUGAGCGGAAUAGAGUCCUUUUAUGAACGUCUUGGAGACGCUGAUUUACUUAUCCCAAAGUCAUGUAUCACUCCAGGACAGGUGUGUGUUGCCCUAUACAAUGACAUGUGGCAUCGAGCUGAAAUAUUAUCAACUGUAACUAAAAACAAUGUCAAGGUUCUCUUUGUUGACUAUGGAACGGUUUCGAAAGUCGAAAUUUGUCAUAUUAAAUAUCUACAAAAUCGAUUCGCUGAAACACCUGCGCAAGCUAUUCGUGGUUCUCUGUCACAUAUCAAACCAAUAUCUCAAGUGUGGCACAAGCGGGCAAUUCAGGAAUUCCUUUCAUUAGUAGCCGAAAUUUUUCUUUAUGCGCAGAUCGUAGAAAUCGAUGAAAAUGAAUCCACAGUCUACAUGGUGUUGUGUGAUACAAAUAGUGGCCAAACUAUACAAAUCAAUAAGCUGUUGGUUGAUAGAGGAUUUGCUAGACUUGAUAGUGAAUGGGACGAGAACAAAAUCAAACAGAAUGGAUAUAGAAAACGUCACCCGCGGGAUAUUUUUCCAACGUUUGAAAUGUUGGAGACUGGGGAAUAUCCAUCGUUGUAUGAAUUAGAACAGUUACUGGCGCAAGGCAUCGAUUACGAAAAAAUAACUGACAAAAUUAUACUCUCCAAUUUAAGCAAUCAUAAUUUGCACGAAAGAUAUUCUUCUCAUGUAGAAAAAAUGUCGUUUAAUCUAUUGGACACAAAUCCCUUUAAAAGUGAUAUUAUAUCUGAAAUUGUUUCCUUAAAAAUGUUUGAUAAAUAAUAACAGCACAUUGAUAUAAAUAUACAUAUGUUUUCACAUUAAUUUCAUUCUCCAUCCCUCCAUUAACAUAUUAUGUAUUUAUGUAUAUAGAAAGUAUAUUUAACUAAAAAUGUAAAUUCUGUUCCAUUCAUUAAAAUUCAGGAAUUAAAUAUAAGAUUCUAAAAUUUCUCAUU